CAAAAAAUAAUAAAAAGUGGGGAAAAUUCCACAACACACUAGCCUAAAAACCCCUAUAUAUAUCCCCACAAUCACCACAUCUCACUCAACAAAUUUUCCAAAUUCACCACAACAAUUUCCUUCUUCACUUGAACAAUGUCUGGGGUUUGGGUGUUCAAGAAUGGUGUCGUUCGACUCGUGGAGAACACUGGAGAAUGCCACGGCAAGAAAAUGCUAGUCCACGUGCCCUCGAACGAGGUGAUUGCAUCAUAUGCUAUGUUGGAGAGGAAAUUAUUGGAUCUUGGAUGGGAGAGGUACUAUGAUGAUCCUGAGCUUCUGCAGUUUCACAAGAGAUCAACGGUCCAUCUCAUCUCUCUCCCCAAAGAUUUCAACAAGUUCAAGUCCAUGCACAUGUACGACAUCGUUGUCAAGAAUCGGAACGAGUUUGAAGUUAGAGAUGUUUAGUAAUGUGAUGUGAUCAUGCACCUAAGUAAUUUCUAGGGUUUAUUUUUGUGUGUUUAAAUUUGUGUGUGUGAUAUAGGGAUGUUGCCCAAGGUCAGGGUUUUUAAUUUAUCUUUGUUUUUGUGUGAAACAAUAUUAGUAUUGUAUAAUAUCUGCUUGAUUUGGGUUGAUGUGUUGUAAGAGAAAUGAAAUAAGAUAUGUAUAUUGUGGGAAUUUAAAGUGUAGUGUAGUGUACAAGGUCGUCUAGUUUGAAUUUUUCAAGCUAAUGCCACAUUAUGUGAAAUGUACUUGCUUAUUAUUGAUAUAAACUAUAAAUUCUAAAGAGAUGGUGAUUUAGGUUA